GUUAACAACAAAUGUUGAUUAAAUUGAUUAUAUGAUUAUUAUCAUCAUGAUGAUUGAUAAUUGGAUGUACUCAAAUACACCAACAAAAGUGUAGCUCAAUUUCGAUUCAAUUUAAUUGUGUCAUUGAUAAUGUAGAAAAUUUACGGCGGAUACACUCCACCCAAUGAGAAAUAAAAAUGUCAACUUUUGGCCAUUCAUUUCGAUCAAUCGAUUUUCAUUUCAUUAUUGAACAUAUUAUUCAUUUCAUUAUUGAUUUCAAAUUUGUCUGAAUCAUGUCUAAAAAUCAAUUAACUGUUUUAUUCGUCACUUUGGAUAGUUAUGGUCAUCUGAAUUCAUGUAUUGGUGUUGCUGAAAAACUUGUUAAACGUGGACAUCGUGUUAUAUUUGCACUGGAACGAGCAUGGUCUGGUAAAGCUAAACGUUAUGCUGGAAUCGAAGAAAUAAUUUAUGUUGAUCCAAAUCGAGAUCCAACACUUGAUGCUAAUGAACAUUGGAUCAAAUUUAUGGAUGAAAUGAAAGAGACGUUUGGUUUAUCACCAAUGGAAGCGUUGAAAAAAACCGAUACAAAACUUGAACAGGACUUUGUCGAUACAAUGUUAAAUGUAGAUGAUGGAAUCAAGAAAUCGAUUGAUCAAGUGAAACCAGAUGUUAUAGUGGUUGAUAGCUAUACAACCAUACCGGCCGUAUAUAAAUCCGGUAUUCCAUGGGUAUGGCUGACCAGUGCUCAUCCAUUAUCAUGUCUACCACAUGAUGAUUUACCACCAAAUGGAACAGAUUUUCCAACCAAAGGUGAUCGUAAACAAUGGCAAGAAUAUAUGGAAACAUUUUUCGAGAAAAUGAUGGAUUUAAUUGUUCAUUUUAAUAAACGAAUGACCAAUGAAUUUGGUUUGGAACCAUCAAUGCAUGGUGUUCAUCAUGAAUCACCAUAUCUUAAUAUUUAUGCAUAUCCAAAAGAAAUGGAUUAUCUGGAUAUUCGGCCAUUACCAGAAAAAUGGCAAAGUUUUGAUCAUUUUAUACGUUUCACUGAACAAGAUGAAUCAUUCAAGAUACCGGAAGAAUUUCUACAAAAACCACUUGGUAAAUUGAUUUAUGUUUCAAUGGGAUCAAUGGGCUGUAUGGAUGUUCGACUAAUGAAUCGUUUGAUAUCGAUUUUGGCUAAAUCACAGAAUCGUUUCAUUUUUUCAUUUGGUCCACGUAAAAAUCAACUUAUAACAUUACCAGAUAAUAUAUGGGGUGAAUGUUUUGUGCCCCAGGUACAAGUGUUACCUAAGGUCGAUUUAGUCAUUACACAUGGUGGUAAUAAUACUGUUUUAGAAUCAUUGUAUUUUGGUAAACCAAUGAUUGUAACACCAUUGUUUGGUGAUCAACACAAUAAUGGACAACGUGUUACAGAAGUUGGUUUUGGUGCCAAAAUCAAUCCAUUUUAUUGUGAACCAGAACAAUUUUUGCGAUUAAUCGAACAAUUAUUGAAUGAUAAUGAAAUGAAAGAACGUUUGGCCAACAUUUCUAAACGUAUGCAAUCAUCGAAUAGUACGGAAAAUGUUGCCAUUGCAAUCGAACAAUUGAUCAAAUGAAAUUAAAUCAUGAUUUUUUUUCGCUUUCUUUUAGAAUUAAUUGAAUUUUGUUUUGCUUUUUUCAUGGUCGACGAAAUAAAUUCUGACGAUAAUUUGAAUUUCGUUUUCAUUUUCUUUUAUUAA